AUGAAUUUCUUUAUUUUCUAUGCAAAUCUUUUCUUCUUCAACCCGAUUGAUGCGCAAAUUGCUGAGCUAUUGAGUGGAUCGACGGUUACGCCUCCACCUUGGUCGGAAAGCAACUCAACACUCAGAAAUGUCACUUUUAAAGUGGGAAUGAUCGUCACCGAAGUUCUCCAGCCGCAAAUCGGUUUCUCAACGACUGGCGGAGUGAUCACGUUGGCUUUACAGCAAAUCAGAAAACUCCAUCUACUCGAUGCGAUCGAUUUUGAAUUUGUCGUCAAUUACACCGAUUGCACUGAGUCAAAUGCGGCUGGGAUUGCGGUCGAUUUGAUGAAAGAUUUGAAUGUCGAUGUCAUCAUUGGUCCGCCUUGUAGAAAUGCCAUCAUUCCAACGGGGAUUUUGAGCGGAUACUACGAGACACUCCAGGUAGCAUGGGGCUACGCAUCGGCCGCAACUCUAUCCGAUAACACCCGUUUCCCAUAUUUGUCUGUCAUUUCAGCCAAUUAUAGACAACUUGGCUACGCUUUCGCCGCCCUCAACGAACUCUACGAUUGGGACGUUGUCGGACUCUUCUAUGCCGACGAUGGGUAUGGAGCUUGCAUCGAUAUGAUGGGUGAUGUCUCCGACGCUCUGGCCGACCCAUCCACAUAUCAAUCGACCAUCUCCACUUCGCAACGAGUCAAUGCUGGCAGUGCUCGUUCAGCGAUCGUCACAGCUCUACAGAAAAUGAAAUCCAGAGCGAGAAUUUUUGGUGUUUGUUUACCGGAUGAUGCGACGAAACGCGAUUUCUUAAUCGCCACGGCGGAAGCUGGCAUGAAUAGCUCCGAGUACGUGUACGUCCUUCUCGACGAUCGUGGCUUCGGCUUCGGCCAAUUGGGCGUCUCCUCCACGGCACCAAAACUUGAAGACAGCGGACUGACACCGAUGUGGAUUGAUACGGUCAAUGGGAAUGCUGAUGGCAUGGAUUCUGUGGCACAACAGGCUGCAACGAGAGUGCUCGUGAAUACUCAAAAAGCCAUUAUCGAUCGUACUAGUGAUUAUGACGCUUUCAUGUAUUAUGCGAUCGACUUGCGAAACGAUGGCACGAUCGACAACGAAACUUCUGUCGAAUUGGCGCCCACAGUGUUGGAAGACGUGAAAAGUUAUCCAUUCUAUUGUACAACUGGCGAUUGUCUUGAGAAUGAGCAAAGAUAUACAGCGAUUGGCUCAUUCGGGCAACAACUCUAUGACGCUUUCAUGUAUUAUGCGUAUUGCUUAAACGCUUCGAUCACAUUAGAUCCGCAAAAUGGACUCAACAAUAAAACAGUGUUUCGUCAAGUCCGAACAAGUGUUGAAUUCCCUGGCUGGUCUGGAUCAAUUGCAAUGACUCCAAAUGCUACUCGAGUUCCGUAUUUCUAUGCUUACGGUGUUUCAAGUGUCGGGAAAGUGCAGCGAUUGGUGAAUCUGAGUUGGGCCGGUUUUGGGGACUAUAUUGAAGCGAAAAUCAACUACGAGAACGCGGCUGCGACAAUUUGGAUAAACCGUGGAGGUGUGCAACCGCUAGCCACACCAAUUUGCGGUUUCUCCGGCAACAGUUGCCCGAUGACCACCUGGCAACAAAGCGGCGUCUACAUUGUGGCUGGCGCUGGAAUCGCUCUCUUGCUCUUCAUUUGCUUUUUUAUCUUCAUUAUUUAUGUGAUUCGGGAAAAGCGUAAAGAGAAAAGAAGACAAGAUUCCGAGUGGCAAAUCCCGUACUAUACGCUAGAAAGAUCUGCCUCCAGUCGGAUCGAAGAGAAGAGCCAUCACUCAUUAGCAUCAUCGAAAUCGUCUCACUCGAAAUUCUCGGUGAACAGCAAGGCUGAAACAGCAACUGCCGCCUAUUUCGUGCUGUGGGGUGAACCCGUUUACGCGUACAAAUACAAAUCGCUCACCAAACUUGGACCGAAAGAUUUUGAUGAGUUCAGACUGAUGCGAAAACUAGAGCACGACAAUGUGCAUCGUUUUAUUGGGAUUUGUCAUGAUCACACCCCGAUGAUGUCCAUUUGGAAAUUAGCGAGUCGAGGAACCGUUGAGGAAGUAAUAGCGAAAGGCUCGAUCAAUCUGGAUGCCUAUUUUGCGAUCUCUUUACUUCGCGACCUCGCUAAUGGUCUCUCAUUCAUUCACAAGUCGUUUCUCGGUUUUCACGGAAACUUGAGCUCGUCGACUUGUUGGAUCGAUGAUCGUUGGCAGUUGAAAGUUAGCGGCUUUGGGUGCACAGCGCUGAGAGCUGGAGAGAAAGUGCACAAACGGGAAAUGCUAUAUUAUGCUCCAGAAUUGCUGCGAGCUCCCACAAAGAUUUUCACGAAAGAAGCCGACAUUUACGCUUUCGGCAUCAUAUGCUCGGAGAUCGUGACUAGGAAAUCCGUUUACGAUUUGGAGAAUCGAAAUGAAAAAGUUGAAGAGAUUCUUCACCAAGUCAAAAAGGGUAAUCCAACGAUUCCGAUGCGGCCUCAGCUCAUCAUUCCUGAGGAAAUCGAGCUGCAUCCAGCUGCUACUCACAUGAUUCGAGAUUGUUGGUCAGAAGAAGCUGAAUCUCGACCAACUAUCGGCACCGUUAGAACAAUCAUUAAAUCAAUGAAUCAACAAGAUGGAAGUCAACAAAACUUGAUGGAUCACGUUUUUAAUCUCAUGGAGAAAUAUGCAGAGACACUGGAGAAAGAGGUCCAAGAUCGCAUGGUUGAGCUCGUGGAAGAGAAAAAGAAAAGCGAUAUCUUAUUGUAUCGAAUGUUGCCAAAACAAGUGGCUGAUCGACUGAAAUUAGGUCAAAUGGUUGAGCCGGAAUCGUUUGAAAGUGUCACAAUUUUCUUCUCCGAUGUCGUUCAAUUCACGAAUUUGGCUGCAAAAUGCUCUCCGUUACAAAUCGUCAACCUCCUCAACGAUCUCUACACGACAUUUGAUCAGAUUAUUGAGCAACAUUCUGUGUAUAAGGUAGAAACAAUCGGUGAUGGUUAUCUUUGCGUUUCUGGUCUUCCGCAUCGAAAUGGAAUCCAACACGUGAAAGAUAUCGCUGAAAUGUCUCUAGACUUUUUGAGAGCAGUACAAGUUCAUCGAGUGCCUCAUCUUCCAUCUGAAAGGAUCAAUCUUCGAAUUGGAAUGCAUUCUGGCUCUUGUGUGGCUGGAGUGGUCGGUCUAGCCAUGCCAAGAUAUUGCUUGUUUGGUGACACGGUGAAUACAGCGUCCAGGAUGGAAAGCAAUGGGAAACCUGGUCGAAUUCAUAUGUCUGGUGAAUCUGUUUCUUUGUUAACGGCAAUCGGUGGGUAUGAGAUAGAACCGCGAGGAGAAGUCAUCAUAAAGGGCAAAGGAGUGAUGGAGACAUUUUGGCUAAACGGAAAAACGAGCUGCUCCCCGUCGCCGAUUCAAUCGAAUAUCGAUGACGCACUGCCUGCUUCGAGAUUUCGAGCAAGAUCCCCUCUAAUCACUCCACCGAUGCAAGAUGAGACUCGUCUACAAACGCCUGAUCUUCACGAGAUUCCGCCAUCAUAUGAAGACGCGAAA